GACAAAGAAAUUUUCACUUCUGGUUUCUGGGUUGGCAUCCAAUGUGGAACACUCUUUGGAUCCCAUCUUUCUCUCUCUAAAGCUUUCUCUUUCUGAACCCACACACACUCUCUCUCUGUGUCUCUCUCUGUGUUUUCUCUGUGUCUUAAAGUUUGUUUUUUAGUUUUCUGGAGCUUAAAGCUUUCAUCUUUAUGGGUUUUCUCUGCAACUUCUAUCUUUAAGCUCUGAACCCAUUUUACCACAGAUUUUGGUUUCAUAUUUUCAUUCUCUCCAAAUGGGUCUUUGAUCCCCACUUUUGACUGCCAUUUUGAUCAAAAACUCUCUUUGCCGAACUUUUCUUUCUGACCAAUUCGGUUUCAAAGAUGAAGUCUUUGACUCAGCUCGACUCAGCUGUGUUUCAGCUCACACCCACCAGAACCAGGUGUGAUUUAGUGAUAUCUGCAAAUGGAAAGACAGAGAAACUAGCUUCAGGGUUGUUGAAUCCCUUUCUUGCCCACUUGAAGACUGCACAAGAACAGAUGGCCAAGGGGGGAUAUUCAAUUACUCUUGAGCCUGAGCGUGGGACUGAUGCAUCGUGGUUCACAAAGGGUACAGUGGAAAGGUUUGUUCGUUUUGUGAGCACUCCAGAGGUUUUGGAAAGGGUGUAUAACUUGGAAUCCGAGAUAUUACAGAUUGAGGAGGCAAUUUCAAUUCAAGGAAACACUGAUAUGGGCAUUAGUACGGUAAAUAUAUUCUGUUAUGUCCAGAAGAAUAUUUACAUGCUUGUUGUAGAAACUUUGAUUUCAGUUCUUUUUCUUGUGUGGCAGGUAGAAGAAAGUCAAGCAAAACCUGUGGAAAGUAUUGAAGGCAGCAGACAUUUACUGGAUGCAAAUGAGGAUAAAGCAAUUGUUCUGUACCAGCCUGGUGGAAAUCCACCCGAAGCAAACAGAUCAACUGCACAAGAGGGAAAUUCCAAAGUUCAGCUUCUAAAAGUCCUGGAAACUCGCAAAACUGUGCUUCAGAAAGAGCAAGGCAUGGCUUUUGCCCGUGCUGUAGCAGCUGGUUUUGACAUUGAUAAUAUGUCCCCAUUGAUGUCAUUUUCUGAAUGCUUUGGAGCCUCACGCUUGAAGGAUGCUUGUAUAAGAUUUAAGGACUUGUGGAAGAAAAAGCAUGAAACUGGGCAGUGGCUUGAAAUUGAGGCAGCUGAAGCAAUGUCUAGCCGACCUGACUUCUCUGCCAUGAAUGCAUCAGGAAUUAUUCUUUCUAGUGUGGCCAACGAAUCCCAUACUGAGUUGGCAUCAGAAAAUAAUGGAAAAUCAAGUGGUGUCACUAGUGCAAGUGAAAAGUCUCCUAUGGAUAACCAACCACCACUAGGCCACCAAGAAUACUUUCAAGGCCAGUUUCCACAUCAGAUGUACCCUCCCUGGCCAAUGCAUUCUCCUCCUGGCAUGUUGCCAGUUUAUCAACCAUAUCCCAUGCAAGGCAUGCCUUACUAUAAGAACUACCCAGGAGCUAGCCCAUAUUUUCAGCCACCUUAUCUACCUGUUGAGGAUCCUAGUGUAAAUCCAGGUCAAAGGAUCAGACAAAGAAGGCAUUCAAUGGACAGUAGUAAAAGCAAUAUUGAAUCCGAAACAUGGGACAUGGAUGUUCCCAGAACAAGAUCGUCAGAUGAUGCAGAGUCAGAGAAGGAAACUUUGCAAAGUCGAGAAUCACAGAAGAAGGCUGGCCGGUCAAGUAAAAAACAAGCAGGCAUGGUUGUCAUUCGAAACAUUAAUUACAUCACUUCAAAGGGACAGGACUCUUCAGAUACUGAAUCACAAUCAGCUUCUGAAUCUCAAACUGAUGAGGAAGGUGAAGGCUUACAUGUCAGUUCUUCAGAGAGAAAACAUAAGAACUCUCUUAGAUCCUCCAAAAGAAAUGGAAAUCAUUCGAAGUCUUCUGGUAAAGAAGAAAUGACAUUUGGGGAGGCAGAUGGUGGACAUUGGCAAGCAUUUCAGAAUUUCUUACUUAAAGAUGCCGACGAAGAUAAACACGGUGUUGAUGAAGCCAUGUUUGCCAUGGAAAAGAAGGCUCAGUUGAAAAGGAGACAAAAUAUGGGGGGUGAUGAUCCUAUUACUUUUGGUGGACAAGAUAAGGGUGAAACUCAAACAGGUAGUGUAGCAGAUAUACAUAACUUAAGUGGAAAAAUUACUCGCAUGCAAACAACUGAUGAAUCAUUGAUUUCUAAGGGAGGGCAUCAGUUAGGUGAUGGUGGGAGGACCAGGGAUGGUGAAUUGGAUUUACAGUAUACAGAAAUAGAUGGCAGAAGAGUGGGAUAUCAAAGGUCCACAGGUGAUGAUUUUGUGAUUCAUAGACAAGAAAACCAUUCAGGGUUUACAAGUUCUCCAGAUCAUUUGGCUGUCAAUGGAUUUGGACGUGAAACCAAUAGUACAGAUAGGAGAGCAUCCCAUAAUAUGGAUGAUGAUUCCUAUGUAGUUUCAUUAAGGUCAACUUCACUAUAUCAAACUGGAAAUGAUUACAGAAAUGCUAUUGACAUGGACUCUGAAUCAGCCAUGCAGAAAGCAGAAAACUUGUCUAAUCGGGUUGGGAGCCAAGUCAAUUAUGAGCCAGAUGAAUUGAGUUUGAUGCCUGAACGUGGGGCAGAAAGAGGAGCAACUGGCUAUGAUCCUGCUUUGGAUUAUGAAAUGCAAGUUCAAACUAAAGAUGGUGCUUCACUGAACAAGAAAAAUAAGGAGGUGGUGACUGACAUCAAGCAAGGGGCUAAGAAAUCAAGCAAGGACCUUAGGUCAAAACCAACGCCAGAGAAGAAGAAUGUAGGGCCAAUAAGGAAAGGAAAGCCUUCAAAGUUGAGUCCUUUGGAUGAAGCUCGAGCACGUGCUGAUAAGCUAAGAACCUAUAAAGCUGAUCUCCAGAAAAUGAAGAAAGAGAGGGAAGAGGAAGAGAUAAAACGGUUAGAAGCUCUGAAGAUGGAGAGGCAAAAGAGAAUUGCUGCAAGAGGCAGCUCCAUUUCUGCUCAAUCAUCACAAUCCUCGCAGCUGACUAGGAAACAAAUUCCAACAAAGACUCCACCUAGCUCUCACAAAGGUUCAAAGUUCAGUGAUUCAGAACCAGGGUCAACUUCACCUCUGCAAAGGUAUCCUGUUAGAGCUGCUUCUUUGGGACCCAAUGAUUUGCAGAAGACCAAACAUAGUAAAUUAAAAACAGGAAGCCAGUCUGCUGGAAAUAGGUUAAGCCAGUCGGUGUCUUCCCUGUCUGAGGCCAAGAAAGAGAAUGCUGGUGAUACAAAGGCAUCUAUGGCACGGAUUAGAAGAUUAUCGGAGCCUAAAAUGAAUAGCAGUCAUCAUGUCUCUUCAGUGAAGCAGCGAAGUGCUGAAUCAGUGUCAAAAACAAAAGUAUCUGAUGGCCCUGAGAUCAAAAAAAUAUCUGCAAUAGUGAAUUAUGAUAGAACCAAGGCAGCUACCCUUCCGGAGCUGAAAAUCAGAACAUCCAAAGGACCUGAUACUGUGCAGAGCAAAUCAACAGCAAAAGAAACGUCACAAAAGGGUACUGGAAAUAAGUCUUCUGUAACAUCUGAAGGUGGUGAACCGAGUAAGAAUGGUGAGAAAUUUUCAGCCCAUAGUGAUGUUGAUGACAAUCCAAUAAUUGAAAAGACUGUUGUGAUGCUCGAACGUGAGAAACCUUCCAUUCCUGUCAUACAUGCAUCUGAAGAAAAUUCGAGCAUACAGAAGGGAAAGUUUGAUAAUUUGAAAACCAGUGAUAAAACUGUUACAGUUUCAGAUUAUGCUGCCAUUCGUGCACCAGUUUCUCCACUUUCCAUGGACACUGCUGAUGAAGAACCUACUGAACACCAAUUACCAAAGCAAAUUAGUUCCUAUAAGGACGCUAGGGGUGAUGCAGGGAAGGAACCGCCAAACUCAACAAGCAUUGGUGUUGCUGAAAAACCAUAUCAAGCCCCUUAUGCUCGGGUUUCUUCAUUGGAAGAUCCAUGUACUAAAAACACAGAGUAUGGCAAAGCACCCCCUGUAAACCUAGAGAGUAUGGCAACCAGUUCAGUGUCUGGUAAAGCGCAUGUAUUUGAAUCUAGGAACCUGAAGCUGGAAAAGAUUCCAGAAACCUUGGAGAAGCCCCAGGUAAAGGAAUCAUCAAAAGGAUUUAGACGGCUGUUAAAGUUUGGAAGAAAGAAUCAUAGUUCAGGUGCAGGUGAAUAUAAUGCUGAAUCAGACAAUAUCAGCAUCAAUGGUUCCGAGGCAGAUGAUAAUGGGAUAGCUACUGCUGCUUCAGAUGAAGUUCAUACAUUGAAGAAUCUAAUUUCUCGGGAUGAAACUCCCACAGCAAGUGCUACUCCACAAAAGCCUUCUCGCCAUUUCUCCUUAUUGUCACCAUUCCGGAGUAAGAAUAGUGACAAGAAGCUUCCAACGGCAUGAUGCGGAUACUUUUACAUUUGAAGGUGAGAAAGUGGCUAGCUUUUCUUCUUUCUCCAACAUUUUGGUCAGAAGUAAAUUAUCAUACUUUAUUUAAUUCACUUUGUUUUUGUAAUUUUCUUAUUUUUGAAAAAACACAAAAUGUCAAAUUGUUGUUGUAUAGAGCUUUUUUUUUUUUUUUUUUUUUUUUUUUUUAAA